AUGAUUAUCCGCUGUUCAUGGGAUAUACCACGGUCGGUUUGCUCGUGCCGCGCCAUGCGCGAUGCACGUUUUUCGGCGGUGCGACUGGUGGCGGACUCGCCCGACGCGGAGCGAGACGCUUCGGCAGAAGAGGUGGCGGCGAGCUUGACGGUGCAAGGUUUCUGCCUGAUUGAUGCCGGCUUCAAGCAGAAGGAGAAGCAGGCGGUGCUGUUGGCCGUGCGCGACGAGGCCAAGGCCUUGGAGCAGGACUUCUAUCGCCCAGAGGAGCUGGUCUUCUCCGGCCUUUUCGGUGACGAGGGCUCUGCGCGGAUUUGCCCGCUGAACGACCGAGAGGAGCUCAAGGAAGGUUUAAAAGCGUUGGACCAGGAGAUGACGGAUCUUGCUCAGGUCACUGCGCCGUUCCUGUCCUUCAAGAUGGGAUUGCAAAUCGCCUCCCGGGCUCGUGCCGUGUUGCAUGAGACAGGCCCUUUAGAAGGUCGCAUCCAAAAGCUGACGGAAGACGAGGCCUAUGCCUGGCUCUCGGAGUUUCGCUUUGGUCGGGUGAUGUGCAUCUUUUGCAUCGGCCCCGGCAGUGGCGACUUUGAACUGCAGCCUUACGAGGCCCACACGAAGGCGAUCAAAGUGCCGUCGAACCCUGGCACCGUCCUGCUGGUGCGCUCCGACCAGAUUCGGGUUCGACACCUCUGCCGGACCCGGAGCUUCCUCUUGAGUUCUCAGUUCCAAGCCUCCGCCGCGACCAACGCGCGCCUGGCGCCAAACCCCUGCACUGGCAAGCUUCAGGCCUGGCUGGAUAGUCGGCUGAAGGUCUUGAAACAGCAGGAGACAGAGGAUCGCCGGGCAGACUUGCCACGGCAUCUGCGGCUGAUCAUGAACCGGCAGACCUUCAAAGGGCAAUACAUGGCCGUUCGAGGCCUGGCAAGCCGUGUUGCACCAUGCUGGGGUGCAGAGACCUUCUGGUGUGGUGCCGCGAGCGGACUGGAUGCCAUGCUGCAGGUGCCAUUGAUGAGGUGGGACCACGAGAAGUGCUACGACCCGGACGAAAAUGGUUGGCGUCUCUACAAGACUUUCUCACAGCACCUCUCCUUCGUGGAGGGCGUGGAUCUCUUCGACAACAAGAUGUUUGGCAUCACGCCAGCAGAGUCGAAGAUCAUGGACCCUCAACAGCGAGUAGUGCUGGAAGUCGGCUAUGAGGCUCUCUUCUCCGCCGGGUACAAGAAGGGUCGCAUCAUGAACUCUUUGGGUGGCAUGUAUUUGGGCUACGGUACGGGAAACUCCGACUUUGGUCACGUCGAGCGCGCGGGCGACAGUGCGGCCGAGGGCUCCUUCGGGGCCACCGGCGGGUCCGCGGCCAUCACGGCGAACAGGUUUAGCUUUUGCUUGGGCAUGAAGGGUCCCAGCCUGGCCGUGGAUGCUGAGGAUGCGUCCGGGCUUUUGUCGGUGCACAUGGGAUGCGAAGCACUGCACAGCAAAGGCCGUUCCACGGCGAAUGAAUUUUCCCUGUGUGGUGGCAUCAAGUUGAACUUGGCCUUCUUCUAUUGGCCUCAACGCCAGGCGGCAGGUUGGCUUUCGAAGACUGGAAGGUGCUUGACCUUCGACCAGAACGCUGAUGGAUGGGUACAUGGCGAUGCCGCGGUGAACGUGGUGGUGAAGACGCUCUCAGACCAGGUGGAUGGGCAACUGCAGGUGAAAGAGAGCGAGCCUUAUUUGGCGUCGCUGUGCGGUUCAGCGGUGCGCCACACAGGCUUCAAUGCCUCGCUGGCAGCGCCGCAUGGCCCCACGGAGCAGGAGGUGAUCAGCACGGCCGUUUAUGCUGCCGGGCUCACAGGCGUGGACAUCGACGCCUGCGAGAUGUAUGGCAUCGCCAAUACCUUGGCGGACCCUGUGGAGGUGAACUCCCUGUGCCGUGUCUUGCGAUUAGCCGAUGACGACGAUGCUCCCCUUUUGCUGCGGGCCUCGAAGACGGGCAUCGGCAACGCCAUGCACUCGGGCUCGGCGGUGAGUUUGAUGCAAGCGAUCCUGACUUCGAUUGCCGGGAGCAUUGGACCCAACCUCCACCUGUACCAGUCGAACCCUCACUUAGAGCUUUUCGAGCUGCCCUCGCAGAUUGUGAGCGAGGUGGUGCCCUAUCGGAUGACGAGCACCUUUGUGAACUCCUUCGCGCGGGGCUUCGGUGGAACCAACGUCUCCUUGGUGAGCUUUGCCUCCAAGGACGCCAAGAUUCUCCCGGAGCCCGACGCGCCGCUGCCGCUCAAUGAGCAGCUGACCUUCUGGCCAGGCGGAGGUGGUGAGCUGAACCACGAGGCGAUGCCCGAGAGGAGUUUCGACCUGGUAGGCAGCUUUUCGGACUGGCAGCCGGUGCCCAUGCAGAAGGAGUCAGAGGGCAUCUACAGCUACGUCUUGAUCUUGGGAGAGAACAGGUGGGAGGUCUUUCAGAUUUGGCUGGAUGGAGACCCUUACAGGUGCCUGUUCCCGGAGCAGCACAAGGCAGCCUCGAAGAGCCAUGUGUUGGGUCCAGAGGCCAAAGCCACCAGCUGCUGGUUGUUGGACGGACGACCUGAAGGCGAAUUGCGGCUCCGGAUCAAGGGCUCGGUCGCGGGCCGCACAGCGGAGGGCCGCGGUCGCGUGGGCUCACGCUGGCGAGUCCGGCUGCAGAUGCGGGGGAAGUGGCGUAUGGUGGACUGGGAGAGACUCAAUGAGCCCUUGGCGUCCAAGGAAGAGCUUCCAUUGUCCAGCUACUUUGUCACCGCCGACUUCAACGGUUGGGGUCUAGAGCAGAUGCAGCUGCAGGAGGAUGGCAGCUGGCGCUUGGAAGUCCACCUGAUACGUCCAGGCGGGAGCUUCCAGAUCCUGCGGAACCGCGAUCCGGAUCAGACGAUGUAUCCGGUAGAGGGGGAGCCAAGAGGUCCCGAUGACCUUAGCGAGGGCCGAUGCUGGACCAUGAAGGGGUCGCCGAAGGAGCUCUUCAGCAUCACCCUGCGGCGCCAGGUGUCAGACGGCUUGGAGACACGGAAAGAGGUGCAUAUUGAACGCCUUGGGGAGAAGGAGUUGGAUGAGGAACAAAUUUGUUCCCUGCGGCGCCUGCGGCUAUCAGCGUUCGGGACUUGGGAGCCAGGCGCACGGCUCCGGGAACUGGUUUGGACCGGCAGCUGUUACCAUUUCUUCGUUCGCCUCGGUGUGAAUGCCCGGGAGUCCUUCCAGCUCCUCCAGGACUUUAGCUGGCACCAUGUGAUCCACCCCAGCGUGGCCAAUGCCCGGCCCAGCUUGGAGCAUUCCGUGCUGGGGCCCAAAGCUGGCGACCGCGGCCUCAACUGGACCAUUGGCCUGGAUGGAUAUGAGAAGCCAGGGGACAUCUUCGAAGUGCAAGUCUUCGGCGAGCUUCGCGUGGAACGGGUGCGCUGGCACCGCCUGGCGCCGCGCACUUCCGCGGCGACCAUCCGACACGCUGAAGAGACGGGGUUCACAGCCAGCGAGGUUCACGCCCAGCUGGGCGGGCGCCGUCGGGAGCGUCGGACGGAGCGGCACCGCCACGGAACGCCGCGGACGGAGAGUCAUUUGCGGUGUAAUACUUGGCGGGAAGGAGCGUACCGGAACCGGCAUCAGAUGCUCCGCAAGGGAGUGCCGGAUUCACGGGAGAUGCCCGAGCGAGUCACCUGGAUGGUGGAUAAAAUCUAUCGGACGGCCAGCGAGGAACACGAACGAUGCAGGAAGUUCCUGAAAGCACUGGCCAUCUUGAGCGUUGUGCUGCGUGAAUGCUUGGAAGAGACGCUGAUGAGAAAGCUGAACCGGAUUGGCCACCAGGUGCAGCAAGCGCGGCCGGACGCCUUUCGCCUUGGGAAGAGUGGAGCGGAGGUGGCGACUGAGAAGGUCGAGCUGGGCAAUAGAUUUAAGUGGCUCAGCGGUACCCUCCAUUUGUUUGUGAGGAAGUGCCAUGAUAGCCUCUCCGACGUGGAUGAACUUGAAAAGAAGGUGGACGCCUUCCUGGAUGAGCUCACCAAGGCGGUUCAAGAGUUGCAGACUCUCCUGGAAGAGCUGCAGGACUUCUUCCAGCAGAUUGAGGCUAUGAAGAGUCAUGUGGAGGAUGAGUCAUGCAGAUCGCGCUUGGAGAGCUGGCAGAUGAAGCUCAUAGAGAUCAUCAAGGAAGAGCUUUUGACGCUUGGCUCCACCCAGAGGGUGCUGAAGUUGGACUCCGUGGGAUUGCCUGCAACUUCCUCGAGCUUCCAAGUGAUCUCCAGGUUCAUCCAAACCGAGCGGCGAAGCAGUGAACCAGACAUGAGCCGGGUGCGGCACGUGCCAAAGGUGGUCCGGCAAGCGCGGCCUCAACGGCGGCAGGUUGAGGAGUUUGUGGACAUUCCGGUGCCUCAGCAGGUGGAGGAAGUGGUCCAGGUCAAGAAGUUGAUCCCUCAGGAGCGGGUUCUCACGCGGCCUGUGGAGCAGAUCUUGGAGAUCGUCGUGCCCAUGAUCCAUGAGGAGGUGGUCUUGGUGCCCAAGGUGCUCCGCACCGAGCGGCGCGUUUGGCCCGUCGAGGAGAUUGUCGACGUGCCGGUGCCACAGAUCAAAGAAGAGGUGGUGCACGUGCGAAAGGAGGUGGUCCAAGAGAGGAUCAUUCAUCAGCCAGUGCACAUCCCAGUGGAGGUGCCGGUGCCUUUGGGCGAAGAAGAAGUGGUCAAAGUCCCUAAGAUUGUCCAGAAGACUCGAAAGAAGCAGGUGGAAGUGGAGCAGGUGGUAGAUGUCCCUGUGCGCCAAGUGCAAGAGGAGUUGUUGGUCACUCCGGUCCUCAUUCAGAAGGAGCGCCUGGUCCACCGCCCGGUGCAACAGAUCAUCGAAAUCCCCGCGCCGCAGCUGGUGGAAGAGGAGGUGCCAGUGCCCUGCGUGGUAGAGCAGGAAGACGUGAAUUUUCGCAUGGUCGAGCAGAUCGUGCCAGUGCAUCGGCCCCAAAUCGUGGAGAAACUGGUGGAAGUGCCCAAGGUGCAACUCGAAGAGAAGAUCAUCCAGGUUCCGAUGAUCCAGAGGAACUGGGUGGACACCGUGAAGAAGCAGCAUGUGCAGGUGGUUGAGACCGAGCGGCCCAAGACCCUCCAGAAGCUGGUGAAGCGCAGGAAGCCCAUCCUGCAGGAGAAGAUCGUCCAGGUCCCAAAGAUUGUGCAAGAGGCGGUGCCGGUGAAGAAGGUCUUGCAACGGGAAGUGGAGGUGCCCACCGUCCAGUGGGAGGAGCGCUUCGUGGACGUCCCCGUGCAGAAGGAGAACUUCAUCAAGGUGCCCAAGACCGUCGAGAGGACGGUGGAGGUGCCACAAGUGGAAUACGUGGAUGAAGAGGUCCAGGUUCCUGUGCAGAGGCAUCGGCAGGUGCCAGUUCCUGUGCCCAUGCAGCGGAGCGUGGAGGUGCCCGAAAUACAAUACAUCGACAAGUUCAUUGAAGUCCCUGUGCAGAAACCUGUGAUGCUCCCUCAGGUCCAGAAAGUGCAGAAAGUGGUGGAGGUGCCCAAGAUCGACUACGAGGAUCAUCCCGUACAGGUGCCCAUUCAAAAGCAACGCCACGUGGCUGUCCCACAGGUCGUUCAGAAGACGGUGGAGGUGCCUGAGAUCGUUUACCAGGACAGGGUGGUGGAGAUCCCCGUGCACAAGCACAUUGCCGUGCCAAAGGUGGUGAAGAGCCGCAAAACGGUGGAAGUGGAGCAGAUUGAGUGGGUGGAUGAGAUUGUGCCAGUGCCAGUGCAACGCCACCGACUGGUGCCAACCGCCACGAAGCAGUCUCGGCAGAUCCAUGUGCCACAAGUGCAACACGUUGAUCGCUUUGUGGAUGUGGCCGUGCCGGUGCACAAACCAGUGCCGCAGAUCCAACGUGUGCAAAAACAGGUCUCUGUGCCCCAGAUCUGCCCUAUUAGGAAGGAGGUUGACGUGCCCAUUGUGAAACACGUCGAGGUGGAAGAUGUCCAAUAUGUGGAGAAAUACGUGGAGGUGCCACAAGUGCAAGUCGUCGAGAAGGUGGUCGAGGUACCGCAGAUGGAGUCGCUGCAGGGCCGUGAACUCCACGAAUACGUCCAGAUGCCUCCAGAGAGAAGACAGGCGCCCAGGGAAUACGCCUCGGUGGAAGAGGUGGGUGAAGAUUUGCCACUGGAGAUCGCUGUGCCCAUUUACGAGCAGCGUGAGGGUGUGGUGCACGUCGAACAGAAGGCCAUGGGCACCUUUCCAGCCAGUGGCGAUUUCCCGCUGGCCAGCCAGGCGGUCGCGCUCGCCAGCCCGCGUGGGGGCGGCAGUCAGGCCGGCUGUGGCGCACCCUUCACGAGCCAGGCCGGGAGCCCCUUCUCACCGGAGGCCUUUCCCUCUCGACACAUGGCCUCCGAGAUCUCUCAGAUCUCACAGGUGGCGCCCUUCGGUGUGCCGGCGAGUCCAGCGAGCGGGUCGCGAGUGCCACAGGCCUUUGCCUCUCAACCGCAGAUGGCCUCCGACAUCUCGCAGAUCUCACAGGUGAGGCCCUUCGGCACAGCGGGCUGCGGCGCCUGCAGUGCCACGCCCGGUGCAUCUCCUGCGGAACGCCUGGCGUCGGAGCUGUCGCAGAUUUCACAGGUCACCCCCUUCGGUGCUUUGCCGCCUACGGCUGGACUCAGCAGCGGAGGGCUUUUCGAAGCCCCGGCCACCACAUCCCUACCACCCACUGUGCCGCCCUCGCCGGUACCGACUCACGGGGCCGGCUCCGUCGAUGCAGAUCUGGGCACCUGGCACACGAGAUGGUCCAACACCACGGGUCAUCUGGGUCAUCUGGGCUUGCGUUCAACGCCUGGACCAAAAUGGGGUCUCGGUGAUUGGUGAUGGCGUAGAGUACGUGAUUGGAGUAGGUGACCUUUGAUUUCCUUUGGUGGCUGAGUCUUCUCAAAUCUGGGCGACGUCGACUGCCUGGACUGAGGGUCAUUGGACCCUCCAUUCGAUCGGGAAAACCACGGGUGACACAGUGCAACGGGUCCUGGUAUGGAUCAAAAAAGGGAUUUCAUGACUGGCUGGGCUAGGAGGAUCAUGGUUGGAACCACAGGGAAAAACAAAUCACCAAACAUCACCAAACAUGUUACAUGAUGGGGUUUGUACCGCUGACUGUGCGCCCAUCCAGCUAAGCCAGGCUAAGCCCAUGGUUGUGGGUGUUGUGAAAGAAAGAUCGUACGAGGGCUCAUAUUGACCACAGGAACCUUGUGAUGCUCAGUCAGGUGAUGAUGUUCUUGUCCGGAACUGGGAUGCACUGGGUAUACCCUGGGAGUCAAAG